CGCACUCGGGAUAAAAUUGAUAAAGCACCCUCUGUUCGUAUUCUUUUAAUAAAAAUAUAUCGUUACUGAAAUUUUUUAAAGUUAUUAAUAAAAAAGUAACUAAAAUUAUUUACUUACACUGGCUGACGAAUUAUAUUUGAAGGGCUCUUAGGUUAUGGGGGGUAAUCAUCGGGUACAUGUGGCUCCACGUACGGAAAACUGUUCGACGACGUCUUCCGGACGGUCUGUCAGAGUCCCGGAGUUUAGAUCGAUAGCAUAGAGAUUGCCACAGUUUCGGGCCGCAGUGCUCAAAACACCAUGGCUGCCAGAGGCAUCGCUAUGGCAGAAAUCGCCACUUAGUGCACAGUUGGACGUGUUCGUCUACUCUUUCAUUUCAAAAAUAAAUUUUCAACGCGGUCCAGGCUAGGACAGAAAAAUAUUAUGUAAAAGGAGCAGUGUUACUUCAUCUACUAAGCAAAAUCGGCAUGGUGUGAGUUAGAUAGAGGCAUAUAGUGACUUGUGGUGAUCUAAGGAGCGCUAGGUGUGAGCUGGCCUCUGCCGCUCGCGCUUAGGUGCUUGCAGAUGGUUGGGUCCGAGUUUCCAAUUUCGAACGACCUUGUAGCACGACCAUGGGGGAUGAAAUUAUCGAGGAACAAAACUGGAAACAAAAGUUACUAUUUUACAUUACCGCUUUCUUCGUGCUACUCGGAAUAUUCAGCCUCUUUUCCUUCCUGUUUCUUGUGCCUUUUGUCAUAGAUCCAGCCUUUACCACGAUCUUUAUGGAAUUCGACGAAAAACCUGCUUUUUGUGUCACUGUAAAAAUUCAAAGACUUUUAGGAGCAUCAAAUUGUAGUUGGACAUCCUGUAGAGAAGGAUGCACCAAAGACAUAUACGAUUGUACUCAAAUAUUUGUUACUUACAAGAUUUUACCCAACGAUACUUAUGCAAACACUAGUUUAUCAUGGUCUACUAUGGCCACUGUAGAAUCUCCGUUUGCUCGACAUGAAAAGGCCCUGCUCGACGAUUACGAUUAUGAGAGUGAAACUUUUACGGGUCUACAACCCAACACUUCUGAAUGGCAUUACAGGGAAGCUAGGCUGUUACCCAACGUAAAAGGAUGUGGGUAUCCACCGUCGCUAAACUGUUCAAACUGGCUGAAAAACUAUACAACUGUUGGGACAAAUUUCUCUUGUUAUUACAGUAAAAUAGAUCCAGGGUUAGUGAUGAGUGACCUAAACAUGAUACAAGUCUACAUGAAUCUAGUUUAUGCCAUGUGUAUCCCGAUUCCAUCAUUUAUCGUUUCUGUCAUAUAUUUAGCAAUUGCAUAUUUUAAAAUUUACACCGACGACGAAGAGGCUGCUCCUUUGGAAAAAAAUGCUGAAGAUAUUGAUGUUGAAGGAGAAAAUGAAAUAAAUCAAACACCUGUACCACCAGCCAGUGGAGGAAUAACUCCAGGAAGUGAAGCUUUCCGAGAAGAUCUUGCCAGUUUUGGUCAUCAUUUCAAAGUAGCAAUGGUGGAUGAUAUAAGUCGAGAUAGUCUUGUCGAUGGUGUUAUAAAUUCUGUUUCAAUGGGCGGAAGUAUUGGCAAGACUAUGACUACUAGUAUUUCAACGACUGGCGGACCCGUAGCUGAUAUUUAAAAAAAUCUUUUUGAUAGAUUUUCCUAAGGCUUGUGCUAAAUUGGCUUAACAUAUAUUGAAAUUUUUGCAAAAAAGUUUCUGGAUUGCCCCUAAAAUCAACGUUCCAACAAUUAUUACGACUAUACUAACUGCUUCACCAGACGCAUUCAUAGAAUAAUUUUGAAGCUGUAUAAACACAAGAAAAUUAUCACGCAUGUGAAUUAUGUAAAUAUCAAGCAAAAUAAUAAUAUUAUUUAUAUUAACCAACCAGUAAUCUAGCUUAAGAAAACUCUUUUACACUGUUUAACUAACUGCGAUAAAUGGAUGUUGUACGAUUAUGCAGAUUUUUUUUCUGGAAAAAUUUGAAUGUUUUAUGCAUAAGAAAAGCUAUAUUAAUAAACCUGUGAUUUAGUAAUGUUAAAUUUGUCAGAUUCGCAAUUGCUUUAGUUGGAGUUUAAUUAGUUAAUAAUAUAUGUUUUUUGUUCUGUUAGGUUUAGAUGUUUAGGGUAUAAAAAAACCUGUGACAUAUUACGAAUAGGAUUUAUUUUUAUGUAAAUGUUUGCACAAAUAAAAUCGGCUUAUGGAUAAUUUUUCAAACAUCUGUUUAACUUUGACAGUUUAAAUGCAACACAGCAGAAAUAGCCAUAAAAAAAAAUUUCAAAUGUUAAUUAGCUUUAGUUGACCAUCAGAUUAAAAUAGUUGGGCGUUUUUUCAUCGCUAACGUACAGUAGAUAUUAGCUUAGAUGCAGAAAUGCCUUAUAAAUUCAGUCAAUCAGUUAUUUAGAGAAAAGUAUUUUUAUACUGUCUAAAAUUUUCAUUUGAAUUUCCCGUUAAAAAAUGUGAUAAAUCCUUGGCCCUGCCUUAAAAUGUUUACUCAAAGUGUGUUUAAUAUUGGUUUUUGUAUUAAACCAAUGUUUGGUACAGGCAAAUAUAAUUUUAAGUAUAACCUACCAUGGUAUUAAAUCAUAUUUGAUCAUCUGGAUUAGGUUAUUUUGGCUUCUUCAGUGCGGUAAGGUUGAUCUUGUCACUUAGACAAAGAAGUUGGACGUAAGCGAAGAAAUUGAUCGGAACAAUUAUUGUUAAGUGGUGUGAAAGCUUUAAAAACUUUAGACUACUAAACCAUUUUUUUUAUUAUAAGUUAACUUAGGUAUAUUAUUUUAUAUUUCCUUUUAAAAUGUGAACUUCUUAUAGAGAGAUUUUAAACCAGCAAAAAUUACGACAGUUUUGGUCAGUUUUAUGGAUAUUGGCUACUUUGGAAGGGGUUGAAUUUAUAUAUUGAGCAUGCUCACAAAUAAAAGAUAGCCAUCAAGAAGUGACAAAAUAACCGGUUUAAAAUCUUCCUAUUUAUCGAAGAAGAUUGGUACUAACCGUUAUAUUAUUUGCAUUAGAUUACAGUAUCAUAGAAAUUAACAAUUCGUUCCGAUAUAGAAACAAAAAAGCUGUAGGUCGAAGUCAAAGAUUGUUGAAUUUGAUACCUACUAAUCUAGAGAAUGUUUCAAUAAUUUCAUCAUUGGGAUCCAAGAGCUAUAAAGGAAUUCAAUUUGAAUUGCGUAAUUUCAUGCUUAUCAAAGUGCUGUUCCAACUCAAAAAAGUUAAAUUUUUUUUUCUGAUAUGCCUACCUUUCCGGAAAAAAAAGAAAAAUUUACUAUUUAAUUUUUUUUUUUUGCAUCAAGAUAAAUUUUGAAUUGAUUUAACUUUAUUAUUAUUAGCUUUUUCGUUCCACAAGAUGGCAUUAUCAAAUUUAUUCUCCGAUAUUGCUUUAAAUACCUACUUUUUUAAAUUGUUAGGUAUUACUUUUUCAUAGCUUUAACAGGGAGACAAAGUGAAAAUAAUUUUGUCUUUCAUGAAAAAAAUAUUCCGCCGAAUAAAUUUGAAAAACCGUCAAACCGAAGUUGAUUUUUGCUCUUUUUCCAGAUACCUCUCUAUUUUUUAUCAUGAAAUAUGACCUUGUUUUUCCUAGAAUCCGGUUUUCAGUAUACUAAUAAGAUUUCUCUUCCCAAAUACUGAGCUGCAAAACAUAGGUCAGUUACAAAUUUUGGAGAAAAUAAAUAAUAAGAAAUUUUUUUCACCCCUUGGAAAUUAUUUGUGAACAAUCUGGCAUUGUCAUGUGCAAAAAUCUACAGCCGUAUGCAACAUCCUCUUUCAAAUUUAAAAGCGCUUCUAAAACUUUUCACUUUUCAAAAUUUGUAUUCUAAGCAAUAGGUACAAAUUUUUAAAAUUGACAGCUUUCAAUGUCGCUUUUAAAGUUAAAAGAGGAUUUUGCAUACGGCUGAAAGUUUUAAGCUAUUAAAUUCAUCGAUUGCAGGUUCUUUUAGAAUCCCAUUGAGGAUCGUCUGGCCACCAUCAAAAAAAAUAAUUUGGUAUAAUAUGCUUCAUGAGAGACCAGCACAGGACCAUGAAAGUUCCUCUGUGGAGUCUCAUUUGUAUUGCAUUUUGCACCCCCCUUCUUUUUCUUCUUCUUCUUUUAAUGUUCCAUCGGUGAAGUCAGUGCAAAUAUAGACUCAUCUGGAAAGAAUAAUCCGCUCCAUCCGAAUUUCAAUAAAUUCGUGCAAAAUACAAUCAUGGAACGCAAUGUUCUUUUGGCUGUUUCGGCUCAGUAGUCAGCUUUUCCCUCAAGUGUUCCACAAUCCGCCUUAUUCUCUUCUCAAUGAAGCUUUCUUCUCACUCCACUGUCGUGCCAAGACGAAUAUUUAUAAAACUGUCAAUCAAAUGAAUCGAUUUUUCAAGCCCGUUCAAUAUCGAUUUUGACGCGACCUUGGUGUUCAAAAAUUUUAGUUGAAACGGAAACAAUGGUCCCUAGGAUCGUAGACCAAAUUUCAAAGAGCCAUCGUCUGGUUCUCUAAUUGCUCCUACUAGGCCAUCAAGCUUGGGACACAAUGGAAAAUAUACUGUUGAAAUAGGGAUUUGGCGUUGCAGCUAGUUGAGCAAAACUUGUCUGCGUAUUUAUUUUUAUUUUAUUCACUGUAUACGCAGGCAUCACCAAAGUCUAUGCAUCACCAUCCUAUAUUAUAUCAAAAUUUCAAAAAAAUAUCAGUUGGGUGUCCUUGGGGUUAGUCAACAAAGCACGGGUGUUCCGAAAAUAAAAUAAUAAAUAUUGAGGUGCCUUUUUCUAUAAAAAGAAUCAAAAUUCUGCCUUUAAUUGUUCCAUUAAAAAUUGACCGUUCAUUUGUCACAUAGAACAGCGCAUUUUCGAUUAUCUAUCGAGAAAGUGUGGGCUAACUAAAGAAUUAUUGUCCAGAUCAGAACUGGUACCUAUCUAUCAUUGCUUUACAGCAGAAAAAUUACAAACUUCUGCCAAUUGAAGUUUUGUUGUGAGCGUGGUAUCAUCUAAAAAUUUCAAUCAAUUUUGUUAAAUAUACAAAGCGAGAUGUCUCACGACGAAUUGCCGCGAUCGAUUUCUCAGGAAAUAAAAUUUGGAAAAUUUGGAAAUAUAGCAGUGCCAAUGGCCAUCCGUGUAAAAUAUUUCUAAAAUUGUUGCACUUCCGCUUAGGUAUACUGGAAGUUUUGAUGUCAACUUGCCAAUUUUGAAUAGGACACCCUAUACCUACUUAUAUAAAAUAUAUCAUAAACGGUACAGGACAUUAUCUAUAAAAUAUGUCUAGAAUUUUGCCUAGAAUCUAAAAAUAAAAUAAUAUAGGGAACCUAUCUAAUCCAAAAAGGGGCAAGUUGACAUCAACUACUGGUAUAACCGGAAGUGCAACUAUCCCAAAAAUAUUUUACCCAGAUGACCUCCAUCGACAUUCCUAUGUUGCCAAAUUUUCAAAAUUUCCCACAGUUUAUUUUCUGAGCAUCGGACACCCUGUAUACCAAAAACCACUUGACCAAAUUUGCAUUCAAUUUAAUCGGAAACGACAAAAGUCAUCGGUUAAAUGACAAAAAUUGUAAAAAUUGGCUUGUCAAAAAUAACGACUAUCUGACUUUUGGAGCCGUUCAAUCCUAAGCUGUAUCCUCCAAUGGUGGCGUGCGCAGAAAAGAUGCGCAUGAGAGUUAACCUGCUGAUUGUUUUUGUAUAUGCUGUGGACGUACUUUUGUAACAUAAGAGCCUAGGAGAGUGUGAAGAUAUACAUUUGCGUCCUUUUUUUCUUCGGAAACAUUCAUUUGUGUAUCAAAAAAUUUCCUACAGUUGCCUAUGUUUAUAACAUAAGCUUGGCAAAUUAUUGAUCUAUAAUCCAAUAAUGGAAAAUGUUAUAUACCUACAGGGUGUUUCACGAACAUCGAAACAGAGGCGUUUAGGGUUAUUUUAAGGUCGAUUUGAAAAAACCGCUCGGACACGUCAAUUUUGUAUUCAAGGGGGAAAGUUUUUGACCCCAUUGGUAUUUCGCUAGGGUGCACCUCCUGGGUGGGGUGACUUUCAACCCUCUUUUUUACAUAGGGUAGUUGGGUCGAGUGGUACCUUGUCUUAAAGGUAUUUUGAUUGACAACUGCGUUUUUUUUUUUUGAAAAUCGAAUAACUAGUUCUCGAGAUAUUCACUGUCAAAGUUGCCAUGGGCUAAAUGAGAAACAAUUUUCUGGCCCUGUUAUUCUCAAAUUAACACUUUCCUGACUUUUCUCUCGGACACGUCAAUUUUAACUUUUUCAGAAACACACAAAAAAUUAAAAUUGACGUGUCCGAGAGGAAAGUCAGGAAAGUCUUAUUUUGAGAAUAACAGGACCAGAAUAAGAAUGUUUCUUAUUUAUCCCAUGGCAAUUUGACAGUGAAUAUCUUGAGAACUAAUUAUUCGAUUUUCAAAAAAAAAUACGCAGUUAUAACGAGAAUCAAAGUACCUUUAAAACAAGGUAUCACUCGACCCAUCUUCCCGAUCUGAAAAAGAGGAGUGAAAGUCACCCCACCCAGGGAAUGCACCCUAGCGAAAUACCGGUGGGGUCAAAAAGUUUCCCCCUUGAAUACCAAAAUGACGUGUCCGAGCGUUUUUUUUUUUUAAUCGACCUUAAAAUACCCUAAAACGCCUCUAUUUCGAGGUUCGUGAAACACCCUGUAUACAUAAUUACAUACCUACAUAUAUAUUUUUUUUUGGUGAGGAUUGUAAGCUCUACAAAUUAAAUUUCUCCUUUCGCUUCCACUUUUCUGAUUCAGAUACUAGUGGCCAUAGGGCGAGUUCGGGAAUUGCCUCAGCGAGCAUUAAGUUAAGUUUGACAGUUAUCGCGAAUUAAUCGUACUUCAAGUCUUUCGCGCGCAAUAGCAUAUUAUUAUGUCAUAUCAAUAAUGCAAUUCAGAACCUUGCUUGGUAAAGGAACGUCUUAGAUGUCACUACCGAAACAAACAAAACCAAUAGAAACAAUGUUUCUAGUUUUUCCCUGCCAUCGCAGUAUCACUUCCCUUACUCUCUAGGUAAAGAACUGCUUAAACUGUUUGAAAUGUUGUCACGGCAAACAUUGUUAAGUUGUUUUGAGUAAAUAUAUAAUUACCAACACUACGGUGAAAAUUAAUCCAGUUUCAACACCGAGAGUAGCUGUAACGUCUCCUUUAAAAGCACCCUGUAUAUUAAAAAAUAGGUAUAUUAGAUGACUCCUUUUGAAUUUAUUUAUUUGUCACCUAAUAUCCCAGAGCAUUCAGAGAUACGCGGAUGCAGGAACCAGCAAUAGAAAUUAUUCUUCACCUCGAACCUGGCAAAGUAGCUCUAGCAGCUCUUUCGCUUGGUACCUACAUCGUUUUCGAUAAACCAUUCUUAAAAAACUCUAAAAUAAACUCCCAGUCGAAAUAUUCUGUAUACAUAAAGUAUUAUACUGUACAUACUAGAUUGUCUUUAUAAAAAUUGUUAAAACAUUGGUUACAUUUUUAAGAGUUUAACAUAUAACUUAUGUUACAGACUGUACUGUAUAGGGUGUUCCAAGAAAAAAUAUAAACAUGGCAAACGGGCACAUUUUAUUAACAAAAAUCCACUCCAGUUUCAUUGAGUUCAAGAACAAAUAGAGAGAUGGAACUGAGCUUUAUUAUUUCAGGAACAGUGGUGCAUUAAAAUUUAUCGCUUUUCGUGUACAGGGUGGAAGCAAUUAAUGAUUUAUUUAUAAGUAUCAUAAAAAAAAUUGUUCACGGCUCUAUUUGAUAAAAUGUCAAAAAGUAUCUUAUUUAAUUCUUAUUUCCGGAAUGAGUUAAUUAACUUAGUAUUUGAGACAUUUUGACAUCUUGUUAUCCAAUCUUUCAUCUUGCUUUCCCUGUACAUGAACAACUUUUGAAAACAGAUAUGGAAUACCUCGUAUCAAUUUAUAGCUUGUAUAACAUAAAUUAAUAUUUGGACAUUGUUCAACUUUUUGCCUUUCCUCCUAAAAUAUAUUAUAGGCGUUUGUAAUAUUUUAAUAAGAGUACCUAUACUUUUAAAUGAAAAAAAAUCACUCUGUAUUAUAUUUAAGCAACAUGUAAAAAAAUAUAUAAAUAUAUGGACUACAGUUAAACUUAUGGUAUUUUACAAAAAUACAAUAAUUAGCUUUAUAUUUACUUAUAAGUUAUUGUGUCUUUUUUUUAAACUUUUAUAUUAUUAUAAUAUAUUUAAAAUAUGUGGCCAUUUCUUGCAAAUAUUUAUUUACUAAAACGCACAUCCACACAAAUUAUUAAGUACAAAAUAAAUUGAAAUGCCUUUAUUGUUAUAUGCCAUCCAUAUUACUGGUGCUCAAAAAAAUUGUUAAAUUUGACUGCCACUUAAUAAUAAUUAUUAUUAGAAACAGUGGCGGAUAAUUUUAUUUAGUUAGCGGGGUAAAACAGUUUGAGAAUUGUCAAAUUUUCAAUAUUGACAAUAAUGUUCCACCUCUUUGUUUGAAGCCAUUGUAUAGAAGGCUUAAUGCUCAAAGUAUGCUAGAAAUACAUUUUAUUCCAAAAAGUUGCUUAUCAAGUUUUUACAUUGAAUGCUGCUUAUUUGCUCAUUAAUCUGGUCAUCCUCACCACUCAAAAAAAAAAAUGUUAGCGUGUCACGGCGGACGAUAGAAGUGUGAAGUUCCCUAUUGAACUUAUCUAAGUUCCCCCUCUCCGAAAGCGUUAAACGUCCGAACUCCUUUUAGAAGUUAACACUUCAAAAAUCUUCAUCGCAUUUUUUUUACUUCGCCCCAUACAGUUUUAGAUGAUGAAUACACUAAGUUGGGUCAUGCUUCAAUAGAGGUAAGCUUCAUGGCAAAAUCGGCACUUUAGCGCAAUCUGUAGACUUAAAAUUUUAUCUUCACAAAACAUGGCCUAACGUACAGUUGAAACCUGUAAAUCAUAUGACCCAAUUAAAAAACAAUCAGAGUGUAAUAAUAAUUAUCAUGCUCAUACAUAUGCUAUUAACUGCAAUGAUUUAGGCGAUUCCAAAUUCCAUUGUCCAACAAAUCUGAUUCCAGUGUUGCCACAGGUGGCCCCAUAUGGCCAGAUCUGGCCCUUUCUAAGACGGAGUGGCCCGUUGGCCACUCUUUUUCGAAUCUGGCCCGUUUCUUCAUAGCAAGCCAUAUCAUGAUUUUUUGAUGUAAAAUAAACGUUUUUGGGCGUGGCACCCGAGAAAAUUUUCUGCCUCCGGCAGGCUUUCACUCUUCUUUUCAAUUUGAAAACGGUUGGCCCGAAAUUCUAAAAUCUGGCCCCUUUUAAAAAUAUAAUCUGGCACGAAAUUUUCAGAGCCUGUGGCAACACUGUCUGAUUCAAUUCUACAUCGAAUUCGAUACUCCAAGACAGGUUUAAUUUAAAAUGGUUCUCAUAGCUUUUUUCAUCUCACAUAUAAAUUGUACAAGUAGAUAACUAAUAAUUGCACAUUUACAUAAAUAUUUCAUUAUAAAGUUUAGGUCCAAAAAUUAUUCGUAUUAAAUUCAUAUACCAACAAAGCAACUCUUCGUUUUCUCUGAUAGCGAAAUUAUGAACCAAAUUUUUCCCCAUCAGGGAUCCCUUUCUUGUCGGUAAAAACUCCGACAGAUUUUUGAAAGCUGGAUUUAUGAACUUGAGUUUGCCGUUCAUAAAUUUCGCGUUUAUGAGUUUCGAGUCAACAUAAACUAUGCAAAACACGGUAACAAGCAUUUAUGAACUUUGAGUUUUUUUAAAUUUUAUAGUGUGUGUCUGGCAUAAUCGUGUGUGGUAUGUUUGCAAUGACGAUACCAAUUAUACCUCUCGGGAACAACUGGAUUUAUCAUAUUCUCACCAACGAACCGAACGUAAUAAAUUGAAACUCAUUACUUACGGCGACGGCAACGCCAUACUGAAGUUUAUGAAUCCUGCUUCGAAACCGUGGUGAAAACGCUAGAAAAUACCUUGGCAGACGUAUUGACGUCCGCAAGAAAGAAUUUUUGGAAAAUCCAAAAUGUUACUGUUAUCAUGUGGAGUUUUAGAGUAUCGUUAUUGAAAAACUGAUUAGAAAAUAAAAAAGCGCAGCCUGGAGUGAAGAACGUCGGCGUCGAGUUUUUUAGAGCAGUCAGAUCAUUUUGUCAGCAUCAUAUUUAUUGUUUAGGUCCAAAAAUAUUCAAUAGCCUUCCAUUUAAUACCUUAAGAACGAACCCAAACUUUAAAUGCAAAAGGGAAAUAAAACAAUGGAUACUCCACAGUAACUAUUCAAUUUAUUAUAGGUAUAAUUUAAUAAGGAUUGCUGAUUCACAAACUGGGGAACUUAAAGCUGUUAGCUACUAGGUACCUCAACUGUAAUUUUAUAUUAUUUAGUUCUUUUUUUGGAUUAUAUUGUUUAUUGUCAUUUAAAUAUCCUUUUUGUUUCACUUAUGAUGAAUAAUAAUCAAUGAUUAGUAGGUAAUAAGUAUUAAACUGCAAUAAUUACUAAAUUACUAAAUAAAAUAAAUAGAUAAAUAAAUACAUUCUUCUUGAUCUUUUUGGUUUUUGUGUGUGAGCCCAAACGAUCGCCAGUGAAACAAUGUUUGCUAAUCAAUGUGGAAACUUUAUUUCAAUAUUAGCCUAAUAUAAAGGCAAGUUCGUUUUUCACUAUUUAUCAGAUUCAGAUCAGAUACGUCCCCUACAUCUCUGUUCCUUGGCAGAUCAUAUUUUAACAAAAUUGCUCCUCUUAUAGGUGGAAAACGAACUUAUUGGAAAUAGAUAGAAGAUAAUAUAUAUUUUUUUCUAGUGUCUAGUCAGUUAUCUGUUUAGUUCUUGGUGAUAGUAUGUUUUUUCUGCCAUUGGAUUGAAUAUAGGUACAUAUAUUUAUUAUGGACACAAUGCCCAACGGCUCUACCACGUUCCGAGUUCAGACUGUCCAGUUCGGUUUCAUGACAAGAAAGUUGAUUUCUGGGUCAAAUUUGUUUUAUUCCCCAAUCAGGAGAAAAAUAGGUUACCAGCACUUGGAACAUUACCACAUGCUUUGCCAUUUUGCACUUAGCAAACUAAUUAAGUACUAACUAUACUAAAAAAAAAUAAUUUUGUUAAUAUUUCUUUCUGAAAUAUGAUUUUUACAAAGUCCAUUCUUGAACCGAUAGCAAUAAUAUUCUUCACCUUCCAACGAUGUGGUUUCUAUUUCUGUUUAACUAUAGUCCAUUUUAUGCAAUUUGUGGCUAAGUUUACAAUGCACAAAUCUAAAAAAAACGGUUAAAUCAGAUGGAGGAUUCUCGUAAUAAAAUGGAAAAUGGUUGUUAAAAAUGUAAAGGGACCAAGGAUGAGGCGUUUGAGAAAUAGAUUACCUUUUUUACAAAAAAAAAAACAUGAGAUCUUUCGUUACUAAUGCAUAUUUAAAUUAAAUAAAAUUGCUUGUAAACUUAGCUAACAACCCUAGAAAGAGUAUUAUUAUUUAUGUUUAUGAUAAAUUGUUAUUAGUAUUAAUUAAUAAUUGGUUUUUCAAUUAGGAAAAUUAAAAGUGUAGAAGUCGAUUGGACAGCUUCAUAUUUAUGUAAUGAAUUCUGUUAGCUCUACAUCAUAUAAUUAUGUUAAUUUAUUAUUUUCAAAACACAAUAUUUUAAACUAAUUUGUGAUACUUACACUGCUCAUAUAGGGGUAA